UACUGUUUUUCUGAUGGACCUGUCAAACAGUGUAAAAGAAUGUUUGACCCAACUCGGUUGAUAGCUACCAUAGUGAUGCUGAUUUGCCUUGCAUGUACACUGUGUUCUGCCUUUUGGUGGAAGAAGGCUGCACUUGCUUUGAUAUUUUGCUUGUUGCAGUUCCUUGCAAUGACCUGGUACAGUAUUUCAUACAUUCCAUUUGCAAGAGAUGCAGUGAAGAAGUGCUUUACAACAUGCCUCGAUUGAAGAUGGAGUUUGAAAUUGGUGAAGAUAAGAGUUUGGAGUUGCAGAAUGGGGUUUCUGGGCUACACCUUUUUGCACCAGCUUAUACAAAAUUACAAGUUUAGUAAUUAUUAUAAAGUGUGCCUUUAUAAUGCGUUAUCACCAUUAAUCUUGCAUACAUUCGGUGAAGCGUGAUAUUGUUAUCAAUAAUACAAGUGCUGGAAAUGGUCCUAAACCGUGAAGCCUUUCUAAUUUUCUCUAUCUAAGGUUAACAUUGAGAAUGGUGAACAAAAUGUUAAUCUGCAGGGACAUGAUCAAUACAGAUUAAUAGCUUAAUGACUGAUCUGUUUAGUUUGUACUUUAAAAAAAGUCAAAGUCAUUCCCCAGUGAAAUUCGUCAGUCAUUGCAAGUCUGUAAGAAAUGACCGUAUCCAGUGCUGAAAUCUCAGAAGAGACUGAAAACAUAUUUGGUUUCAGCCUCUUGUAAUGAGACAUUAUCUUAAAUAUUGACCAAAGGGAUUAUUGGGUUCACAUACUGUAGACUUAAUUCUACAUGCCUUAACAUUUUAUUUUUCCACAAAUAAUUGCUAUGGAAAUUAAUCGUGGGAAGUGUACCUGUUUACCUACAUUAAUAAUGAAGAAAUGAAAGUGCCUGAAGAUGUCGCUAUUUGGACCAGUGAUGCAGUCUUUUUGUUAUGUAGUUUAAGCACAUUGUUGAAGGAGAAAGAAUAUACUUAAGAGAUUCCAUUUAUUUUCUAAUAAAAUGUGCAAUUUAACCACUGAAUAUUGGACACCAAGAAACAAUUGGCUGUAAAAAAUCAGAAAUCAUUCUCGUGCCUUAUAUUUUUGGGGGGGGGGGGGUGGGAGAGAAAAAGGUGCAUCUUCAGAUAAAUUUGCAGUGCCUUACAAUCAGAUUUUUUUC